CUCCUGAGGGUUCAUUCAGGUCUUAGUUCAGCCGUUGGAGCGACAUGAAGCACACCGCCACCUUGUUUGCUGCCCUCGUCGUGGCGUCGGCUGGUGUACCCCCGGGCCCAAGGCUACCCCGACGCAGGUUACGGACUCGCUCAGACUCGACAAUGGCUUGAGUUGGGGCGAUUGGGGUCCCAUCGAGUACUGUGAGGACGGGAGCUUUGCCACCGCUUUUCAGGUCAAGUUCGAGCCGUACAGCCUGCUCGACACGGACGAGACCGCCGUCAACGCCGUCCGCCUCUACUGCAGCACACUCGACCACAUCCUCACCGGCUACGUGUACUCCGUCGAAGGGAAGCACGGGACUGGGAAAACAUCAGGCACUGCAGUUCAGGCUUCGUGACAGGCAUGCGAGCCAACGUUCUCGAGCCACAGGGAACGUUGGGUGAUGACGUUGCAGUGAAGAACGUGCAACUUGCCUGCGAUGAAGGACAAGAAGUCAUCACUGGGGUCAUCGAAGAGGAGGAGAAGAUUCCCGAUGGCAAAUGGAGCUUCUGGAGCCGUUGCAGCGCUGGGUCAGGAGUGUGUGGUAUUGAGAUACGCUACGAGAACGCUGGCCUUGGGGACGAUGCGGGAGUAACAAACAUCGCAAUGUUCUGCUGUGCCUUUAACGGGACGAGGACAAACUGAAGCUCUUUUGGACAGAUGGUUUUAUUAAGUUUUAUUAAAGCAGUUCUAUCGGAUUA